AUGCGGCUCGCCGUGCGCCGGUCCCUGUCCGCGAGGGACGGUCGGGGAUCCGUGCUCGUUCCCACCGCGAGCGCGGGGUUGGCGUCGAUGACGUGCGCCGCGCUGAAGAUGAGCGACGCGGACGCGCACACCGCCGCGAGCGUCGCGGAGGAGACGCUCGGCGCGUGUCCCACGCUCCCCCCGUCCGCGCCACCACCGUCGUCGCCGUCGUCGCCGUUUUGCGCGUGGGCCAUGAAGCGGCGGCGGGGCUCGGACGCCCCGGCGGUGGCGGGAGAGGAAUCGGACCCGUCGAUCCAACUCCCGUCCCUCCCCGACGACAUCCUCGCGCGCGUCUUCGCCAUCGUCGAGCGCGAAGCCGGACCAAAGUACCUCGCGGCGCUGUCGUGCGUGUGCUCGACGUGGAGGACCGCGUUCGCGCAGAGCGCGGCGUGGCGCGUCCUGCUCGAGCAGCAUCAGCGCGCACCGCGGCACCCCCGUCGCAGUUGGCGCGACCUGUACUUCGCUCAGCUCAGGAAGGACGCCGCGAACGUCGCGCAGAGGCACGAGACGAUGCUCCUACGCCUGAUCGGAGGAGGAAAAAAUCUCGGCCCGAUGCGACGCGACAGUCCGAAAGGUCUGCGGAGGGAGCUCCUGGCGCUGGGACGCGACCUGGACGUGGACUACGCGUUCGCAUCCGUGCGGGGCAGGACGCUGCUCGGGCUGUGCGCCGCCAUGGGGAGGCUCGCAUGCGCCAAGGAGCUCCUGUCGCGUUGGGCACCGAGAUGCAACGUGAUGGACGCCGACGGGUUCACGCCCCUCAUGGAGGCGGCGUUCCGUGGGAAUGAGCACAUGGCGCACGAGAUCAUGCUGGCGCGUCCUGACGGAGACGAUGCGAGCGUUACAUCGAGCGUUACUCGUCCGACAUCAAACGACGACGCCGAGGCGAGGCGCGGGAGGAACGCGCCGUUGGACGCGCCGGACGAACCCUUUCGCGGGGAGCGAUCGGUCAACGGAUGUACUCGGAAGUUGUCGGCGAUCGAGUGGGCGACGUUCCGGGGUAACGUCCGUCUCGCGGGGCUCAUCGAGGCGCGCGAGGCGGGGGCGGCGUACGACGCAGAGCCGCGGACGAGGACGAACGUGACCCCGUGGACCGUGUGA